ACACAACGCACCUCAGUCUGUGUCUUCACAAGACACCCCCUCGCCCGCAGGAAGACAGAACGGGGAUGGGGGGGGUUUCUGGUCCGUUGGGUUUGUGUUAGGGAUUGUGCAUGCAAGAUCAAAGAUUCGAGAAAGGCAGCUGAGGUCACGCAAAAGCUUUGAAGCCCACCUUGGGUAUCUGAUGGUGGGGAAGGGAGGAGGGAAUCUAGAAAGAGCCUCCUGGCCAGAAGCAACCUGGAAUGGUAGGGGAACCUCAACCCACUGGAGAAGGACAUUCCUGAAUCCUUGUAUUAGCUGGGCGGGGGUGCAUUUCCUAGGGAGGGCACAAUACCUCUCGCUCACCCCCACCCCCAGCCAGGAUUUUCCUCCCGUAGAUGGAGCUCAAGAGUUCAUCUUGAAAAGGACCAAACUCUGCGGUCCUCCUGGCUGCCCAUGACUCCACCCUCAGCCAUCCUGGAGGGUUUCUUCUCUCUUCCGGAGUCAUCAUCAAAGGAGAACAGCAGUGACUGGGACACCCCCAAAAGGAAAAAGAAGCUCAACCUAGACUUCAGAAAGGAAUGGACCUCUCAAGAUUCGGUAUCUUCGGAAUCAACCGACUCAGGUGUUGGCCCCGACUCUCCUAUGGAGCCAGAUGUGGAGAUGUUUCCUGAGGAUGUGGAAUCGCUUCCCCUUCGGAGAAUCAAGUCCUUGCCGGUGAGGCUGCUGGGCUCCAGUCCUGUCCUCAGGAACAUUUCACACUGCAAACAGUGCAACGGCCCUGGCCAGAACAACUCGGCUGCCCCAAACAGCAUGGAGAAUGAAGGGGCCAUUUUCAAGAAGCCCUCCCGACCUACCAGCAGGUUCUCCGGGGGGCAGGGAGAGAGGGCUCCCUUCGCCCAGAGACCAAAUUCUGCCCCGCAGCUGAUGUUCCGCAGCCCUCAGAAGGAGAAUGUCAAUCCCGAGAGCCCGAUCUACCUCCGCCGUUCCUCCUUGACCUCCUUCCUGAACGAUGAAGAUGAUGAUGGCUUUCUGGAAGUCCUCGAUGAAGAGGAGCAGAAGGGUGAUGGUGACCUCCCUUCAGGCAUGGAGAACCUGCUAACGGCGCCUCUGGUGAAAACAAACGUUGAACUCAGUCAGGGGAGGUCCAGGUGCCAGCGACUCUUCCGGUCGCCCUCCAUGCCGAGCACUGUCAUCCGGCCCAUCCUCAAGCGGCUGGAGCGGGCCCAGGAGAGAGAGAACACCCCCGUGAGCACCAAGCGACGGAAGAGCCUCAACGGGAAUCCUAUUGUGGAGAAGCCGGAGGAACCGAUGCCCCGGCUGGUCCGGUCUCGUUCUUGCUGUCCCUUGGAGAUUGCCAACAUCUUGGACCAAGACCAGCGCGAGCUGAUUGGCGACUUCUCCAAGGCUUACGUCCUCCAAACGGUGGAAGGGAAACACCAAGAUCUCAAGUACAUUUCUCCAGAAAUGAUGGUGGCGGUACUUAAUGGCCAGUUCAACAGCCUGAUUGAAAACUGUGUGAUCGUGGACUGUCGAUACCCAUAUGAAUACGAAGGCGGCCACAUCAAGGGUGCCGUCAACCUCCCCCUGGAGAAAGACGUGGAAGACUUCCUUCUCAAGAAGCCCAUUGUGCCCUCGGAUGCUGCCAAACGAGUCAUUGUGGUUUUCCACUGCGAGUUCUCGUCGGAAAGAGGGCCCCGGAUGUGCCGUUUUGUUCGGGAGAAGGACCGCGGUCGCAAUGCGUAUCCCUCUCUCCACUACCCGGAGCUCUACAUUUUGAAAGGGGGUUAUAAGGAAUUUUUCCCCCAAUAUCAGAGUCACUGCGACCCACAGAACUACCGUCCGAUGCACCACAAGGAUUUCAAGGAGGACCUGCGCACUUUUCGUCUGAAAAGCCGCACUUGGGCCGGAGAGAAGAGCAAACGAGAACUCUACAAUCGUCUGAACUGCUGAAGGGUGGAAGAAGCAGGGGGUGGGGUGGGGGAAUAGUUUGCAUUGGUGGGGGAGGGGGGCAGGAAGUUUGGAUGGGGCAUCUUCAUCGUGUAUCCAGGGCAGAGCAUGUCCUGGCUUGCACCUACCCAGGACGGAUGUCUGCAAGGUUAAAGAAGUAUCUUUUCUCUCCCCACGUUGAACUGGUCCCUUUUGGCAAGCGCCAUUUUUUGCAACCGGUUGAAGAGCAGGAUGUAAAUUCCUUAUCUUACGACGGCGUCGUUCUGCUCCAUCCAGCACGCCGGAAGCCAGCAAAGUUUUGCGAAUAACGCUCUGCGAGUUUCGGUUCCUGCAAAAUUGAGCAGGAAUUUUUCUUGAAUCGGAGACUCCAUCCGCGCCUCCCUCCGAUCAACUUCGGGUGUCUUUUAGGAAGAACAAAGGACACAGCUGCGGGGAAACGUCUUUCCUCGCGACGCAGCGUUGCGGACCCUGGUUGUGAGCAGACGUGAACGUGCCCCCGUUGGGUUUUCGCCCCAUCUUCCUUGAGGGCGAGCGAAGGAAGAACGAAGGCGGGAGCCAGCGGGCGUGCAAUCUUUCCCACGUGUCUCCGGAGAUGUGUGUUUGUGUGUGUGUUUGUGGCUGGUUGUGGAACCUUUGUGCCAGUACAGAUUGCUUAAAACGGAAGGAGAUUCCUGAGUAUCUCACUAAGUGCUUCUUUAGCAUCGGAGCGGGACACUUUUCAUUGGGGCAGAUCAGUGGGGAGAAACUGUGUGUUAGCUUGCAUGCAGACGGCCAUGGGAUCUUUGCAGGCCUCGGGAUGGGUGGGGGGAAGAACUGAGAGACACCACACACCCCCACCUAACCACGGCAAAACAGUAGCGCAGACCAGUUUUAAAGAAUUAAGAGGAGCCAAACCUGUCAGCUAUCUUGGUUUUCUAUAAUUUGCUGGAACUGAGCCAGUUUGGAAAGAAAGGACGCGUUUUUAAUAUUGGUAAUUUUUAUUUUGGCCUCCGAGGCAGGGCUGGGAGGACAAGCCUUGAUCCUGGAGACUCUCCAUUGUUUUAAAGUUGUCCAUUAUAAGUUGGAAGCAAACUUUCCUCCACUCUCGGCGUCCACUUUGGAAGCAAGAACCAACGAGCCUCGAUUUCAAACGUUCGGAUCCUUUUGCCUCAAUCCGUCGAACUCAAAAAGGCUGAAAAUGUGCCAAAAUAUGGAAGAAACAUUGUCUUUUCCUCUCUUGCUCAAUCUCCCCGUCUGCCCAGUUUACCACUUGGAAGAGAGCUUCUCCCCCCCCCCCAAGACUCUAGCUGGAAUUAUUCAGCUUUAUUCCAGAUUUAGGGUGAGGAGUGGGCUUCCUUGAAAACAGACCCCACCCCCCUCAAAGCAGCAAAGUUGGUGUACAUGUUGGUUUCAGAGAGAAACUUCUUCAGAUCGGAAGAGAGGGACUCAAUUCAUCCUUGGGGUGGGGGGAAAGAGUUUGGUUGGGGUAAGGGACAUUUUUUAUACCUCUUUUUGACCAUGCAAAAAUGUUUUGCGUGGUUUUUCCCGGGUUGCUAACAAACGCUUCCGUGGCACGGCUAACGCUGCGUGGCUUCCCUUGGAAAAAUUGUGCGGGGAAGAAGAAGAAACACCCAUCCAGUGGAGAAGAGUCAGAAGAAGCGAGAAUCUGUGCUGGGUUCCAUGUUGAGUCUAGCUGGCUUUUAAGGAAAACAGCAAGGCAACUUUGCUUAAAAGUUUGCCACCCUUGGCAUCAAAGCAACCUCCCAUUUGCUAAAGAGGACCUCCCAGCAGAUCUGACCUUUCACCGCCAGCCUUUGCAAAGCUCAAACAAACCAUGAAUCGAACUUCUCAAAAGAAAUAAACCAUGAUUCUGAGAGGGUCUGGCAGACACAAAGCUGGCUUCUCCCCACCUCCCUCCCCCCAGUUGCACGCUUCCAGACAGGAGCCACCACACUUAAAAAAACAAAACAAAACCUGAAUUUGUACAGGAAGGACUCGAUUCCUACAAAUGAUCGAACUCUUUAAAGCUUUUGGGGGGGAUAGUCCGGUUUACUUGAAGCUGACCGGUUCGUUUUGUUUCUUUUAACCUGCGGUCUCUGCAGUUGUGUGGGUAGCGGGGAGGUUAGUUGGAUGGGGAUUUAAGGUAAAGGCGGGGAGAGAAAUCGGGCAUUUUAUUUUGAUAGGCGUUGAAAUGCAAGUUACGGUGAAUUUCGGUGCAUCCAUCUUCAUCUCGGGGUCUUUAGAUUGGAUUUUUUUCUCAAGCUGGCCCACUUUUAAGAUGGGUGGGCUUCCAACUCCCAGAAUUCCCAGCAUUGCUGGCUGGGGAAUUCUGGGAGUUAGAAGUCCACCAUCUCAAAGCGGUCCAGUUUGAGAGUCGCCGUUUUAACUGGAAGCGGAAUUCCAGUACAGUUAAAUCCUCAAAGCCUUUUUCAAUGUGCAGCAUUUCGUGUUAAAAAAAAUAAAUAAAUCUCGAGGCAAGUUUGAACUCGGUGCUCCCAUUAACGUACAGUGAAGAAUAUAAAUUUUUUUUUUUUUUCCUAUUUAAGGAAGAUUCUUAAUAUUGACCGACAAAAAGAAAACCACUAUUUUAGAACCAGGCUGGUGAUAAUCAACGCUAGUUUCUUGGUGGUUGUUUGUUUCUCUCUCUCUUUUUCCUUUCCAAUCCAGGUCCAGAUGUGCCUGUGUGAGCUUAAUUUAUGGUAAGCUUGAAAUCAUGGCAGAAGGGAUGGAAAGGGAGAGAGAGAGAGAAAAAAAAAGCAAAGUAUUUUAUCUCAGAGGUGAAACUCAUUUGCAAUGAGGGAAGGAUCAGGAAUUCUAGAUUGCAGGGUUGGGGAGAGGGCAGAGAAAAUGGCUGGAAACAUUAGUCUUUGGAGUGGGAAGAGGGGGCGUCCAUGAAGAGUAGGCAAGGAAUUUGGGGUAGGGGGAUAAUUCUGGAGUGGGUGAACCCAAAUUCCUAAAUAUUUGCCUUGCACUGAGAAAUUCCACCUUUGCUAUCAGGUUGAGGGCCUCCAGCAACUCAGGCCUUCCAGAUGUCCUGCAGAGACCUUCCAGAGCCCUUGCUCGCACAUCUGGAAAGCGUCAGCUGGGCCCAGAUGGCUGUAGACCCCUCUGAUUCUUUUGCAUAGUCAAAAUUCUGGAGCUUCAUAGGAAGGUUGGCACUCGUAAUCCGUGGAAGGGGCUGAAGCGCUUUCUGACUCCUUGCAAGGAAGGCCUGUUGGGUGCUCUCCGUUCGAUGCAACCCAACAUGGGAAGCUGUUCCUGGUUUUUCCUUUGGAGGUGAUGGCACCGAGGCCUGCCAGUGUGGCUGUUUGGAGGGGGAGUGUCUCCGGGCACAUGCCCGCGUGACAUUUUCCAUGGAUCAGGCCUCUUAUUUUCUUGCCCUGGAGAGUUUCCACCGUUGCUUCGUAGGAGAAAGCAGUUGGCACGAUGGAGAAAAUGAGCAAUCUUACUUCAGGAGGAAAAGCUUUUUCCAGCCCCUCAACCCAGCAUUCUCCACAUGUCCAGGAUUUCACCCACCCACCCCCUCUCUCCAGGGACAUGGUGGCAAUCUCUGCCCCCUCCCCCCAUCUGAAUGGUGGCUUAAUUAUUUCAGCCCACAAGUGCCCGAAAUCAGAUAAGAUUUGUAGAAAAAAGGCCAGAUACUUAACCCAAUUAGGGAUUGAGGUGGUUGCUUGGGGGGGGGGUGUUUUGAGAGAUUGGACUGCUGGUUGUUGCUGGGAGUCUUUCCGACCCUUGCUAAAUGUACUUGUAACCCCCCCCCACCUCCCAAUGUGAAUUUCCUUGUAAAAAUGCCUCCUUGCUGAGUUGCCCGAUGCAAUCGGAGAGUUGAAUAAAAUUGCUAGGUUAUGGAACAGA